CCUCAUUUCCCACUAAACAUCACAAGGGAAGUAGUCAGUAAUUUCUCAAUCACAGUUUUGCAGACAGAAGAGAUAUCAAAUCAAAGCAGACAGGAACGUUGCUGGGAGAAAACAGAAAAGAAAAAUGUCGAUGGACAAGCAUCUCUUUAAUCUCAAAUUCGCUGCAAAGGACUUGGAGCGCAAUGCAAAACGAAGUGAAAAGUCAGAAAAAGAAGAAAAAACUAAAUUAAAAAAGGCAAUCCAGAAAGGUAAUCUAGAGGGAGCCAGAAUACAUGCAGAAAACUCAAUCCGACAGAAGAACCAGGCCCUCAACUACAGACGCAUGAGUGCAAGGAUUGAUGGUGUAGCAGCCCGGGUACAAACAGCUGUGACAAUGAAACAGGUCACUGGAUCCAUGGCCGGUGUGGUGAAGUCUAUGGAAUCAGCAAUGAAGAGUAUGAAUCUUGAGAAGAUCUCACAGUUGAUGGACAGGUUCGAACAACAGUUUGAGAAUCUAGAUGUGCAAUCACAGGUGAUGGAAGACACCAUGAAUGCAUCGUCCACCCUUAACACACCUCAGACGCAAGUGGAAGGACUGAUGCAGGAGGUUGCUGACGAGGCUGGUUUGGAAUUAAACAUGGACCUUCCGUCAGCACAGUCAUCCUUACCCUCUGGAGUAGCGUCAUCAAAUGCAAGUAGUGAGCAGGAUGAACUUACACAGCGACUUGCAAAGUUACGGAAUUGAUUCACUUCAGUCAUCUUCUUCAUUGUGAUAGUAAAAUAGAAAUUCUGACUUUUAAACGGACGCCUUAGCUUUGAAUAGAAAAGUUUUAUCUGUAAAAGAAAACCAGUCUUCACUCAGAGUCUAUCAUGAUGACUGCCCUCCUCCUGUUUCUGUGAAGCACUGAUGUCGCAGACUGAAACUUGCUGUUAAGAUGAGGUGUAGCAUGAUUGUGUUGAAUGAACUCGGACUAUUAACCAAGCAGGCAAUAUUAUUAAAGAUAAGUCUGUAUGGAGAGAAGUUUGGUGCUCAUUGUUUGGAGGAAGGAGUAGAACAAAUGCACAAAUUGUAAAAUAAUGCCCAGAUUUUACUUGUAUCUACGUCUAAUUCACUUUUAAGAAUAUUUUGCUGGUACAAACAUUUGUGAAAAACCAGUGAAACAAAAUUACCGAAAUGGUAGUACACAUGUAUAUGGUGUGUUAACAUUAGGUAAUCAUUUUAGUGCUGUGUGAAAGAUGCAACAUGUACUUGUUUGUACAUGUAUGUGUAUUACAAUAUACAUUAUUGUACAUUGACAUGUACUUACCUGUAUGUGUCAGGCGAAAAAGAACCAUAUCCUUUACCAUAUUUCAUUCAUUUAUUUUAAAAUUUUUCUUUUAUGUGGGUAUUAACUUAUAUCACCAAUAUUGUUCAUUUGUAUGUAAUGUUCUUGACAUGGUGAACCCACCAAUGAGCAAUGGUCAAAGGGAGAUAAUUAACUUUAGGGAAAUGUUUGAAAAUUCUGUUAAUAUAGUAUUAUAUAUCAUGAUACAAAUUGAUAUCAAAGUCGCAUGUGUUUCACGAAAAUUACUUAGUCAAGUGUUCUUUUUCUAUACACCUUUAUUGAAAGUUAUCCAUCAAUUUAGUUAAGUUCUACAAAAUCUAAUUACUACAAGCAAUUAAAAAACAGAAUCAAUGUAUUAUAAAGUUUCCUGCAGGGAUUUUAGUUUAACUUUAAUUUGCAGAUUUCGUAAGUCAAAAAACAUUUUUCAAGAAAUUUCAAAGGGGUAAAAUGUAUGUAUAAAAGGCCCUUUCAACUUCAUGAGGUAGAACUCUUUAGGAAGGCCAUGCUGUCAUUGAUCUGAUGGAAGCUCUUUAGCAUACAAUACAAAUGUACAUCUAAUUGGUAUAAUAUUGAUGAAUAUUUAUUGAUAUAGUUUAUCUUUAAGAAUAAUGUAUGUACAUUGUACACAUAACCAUUAUUGUAAUUUCUUACCUAAGUAUAUUAAGUUAAUUCCUAUGGAUGUGACAGGUACUUGGUAAUAUAUUCUGACAGGCAUGUGGAUAUGUCUAUGGUAGUGAUAAUUAAGUGAUGAUAGGCUGUUCAGUGGAUGUGUAUUAAGUGUGACAGGGAUGUGCCACCUGCUGUCAUGGCGAUUUAUGCUUUAAUUGAAUAGAGAAAAACCUAUGUAAUAUUUUAAAUCUGUAGCAAAAUUUCUUAUUGGAUUAAUAUAUUCUGUAAUGUAAAUUUUGAUUAAAAAACUAGUUUCAGUUUGAAUUUCUGUUACAAACUGCUGUGUAAUAUUCAAUAACAGGGAUAUACCUAACACCAACUUUCUGAAUUAUUAAUAGUUUUCGCAAUUCAAGGGAUAAAACCUCAAGGAUAUUGUAUUCCUGGAACUUCAGGAUGUAACAAUAAGAAUUUCUGUAUUCUUUUUUUUACUGUUAUUCAGUUUAUUGAAAUCAUACAUACAGAUGUGUAUGUAGUAAACUAUGUAUUAUAGAUUAAUAAAAUUGUUGAAUAAAUCUUGAUCCAAACGUAA